CAUCACAAUUCACAAACAAACAACUCAUAUAUAUACACAUCUCAAUAUAGACACUUGUGUCACUCUAUUGUUCACACCCUCCACACAUAUGGCAACCUGCCCUCCCUUGGAUUUCUCCGGCAAGUAUUACCAGACGUCGGGUGACAGUUGUUUGAGGCAAAACAGUUUCUUUGAGGGCAAAGCUGUCCUAAAUCAAGGAGUUGGCUAUUCUGUUAUUCUCGGAUUCGGUGCUUUUUUUGCUUUCUUCACUUCUUUUCUGGUUUGGCUAGAGAAACGUUACGUUGGAGCGAAACAUACAUCGGAAUGGUUCAAUACAGCAGGAAGAAAUGUUAAAACAGGACUUAUUGCAAGUGUUAUUGUAUCUCAGUGGACUUGGGCUGCUACAAUAUUACAAAGUUCAAAUGUUGCUUGGCAGUAUGGAGUCAGUGGCCCAUUUUGGUAUGCUAGCGGUGCCACCAUCCAGGUACUCUUGUUUGGUGUAAUUGCUAUAGAGAUAAAACGAAAGGCUCCACAUGCUCAUACUGUUUGUGAAAUUGUUAAAGCUCGAUGGGGGACGGGUGCACAUGUCGUGUUUUUGGUCUUUUGUUUCAUGACAAAUAUCAUAGUAACAGCUAUGCUACUUCUUGGUGGCUCUGCUGUGGUGAAUGCACUCACCGGCGUCAAUAUAUAUGCUGCCAGUUUUCUAAUACCACUUGGAGUGAUUGUAUAUACGCUUGCCGGAGGCUUGAAAGCCACUUUCUUAGCUAGCUAUAUACAUUCUGUAAUAGUUCACUUAGUGCUAGUCAUGUUUGUGUUCUUGGUAUACACGGCGAGUAGUGAGCUUGGGAGCCCAAGUGUUGUCUAUCGACGCAUAAUGGAGGUCUCGAGCAGAUCAAGAAUAUGUCAAGAACCUCUCUCCCACAAUGCACAAGCUUGCGGUCCUGUUUCAGGAAACUACAAAGGAUCUUACCUAACAAUGUUAAGCUCUGGCGGGCUCGUUUUUGGUAUAAUCAACAUUGUUGGUAAUUUUGGCACAGUUUUCGUCGACAAUGGAUACUGGGUGAGUGCCAUUGCGGCUAGACCAUCAUCAACUCAUAAAGGGUACCUAUUGGGUGGGCUUGUAUGGUUUGCUGUGCCAUUUUCGUUAGCCACAUCACUUGGUUUAGGAGCUUUAGCCCUUGACCUUCCACUGACAGCAAGUGAAGCUAGCCGCGGGCUUGUUCCUCCUGCUACAGCUAUCGCAUUAAUGGGAAAAGGAGGAUCUGUUCUCCUUCUCACAAUGCUUUUCAUGGCUGUGACUUCUGCUGGCUCUUCUGAGCUAAUUGCAGUCUCAUCACUUUGCACAUAUGAUAUCUAUCGAACAUACAUCAAUCCUGAUGCCACCGGCAAACAAAUCCUGAGAGUUUCUAGAGCAGUCGUGUUCUCAUUCGGUUGUCUCAUGGGAAUUCUAGCAGUCAUACUAAACAAAGUUGGGGUUUCCCUUGGUUGGAUGUACUUAGCUAUGGGUGUGUUCAUUGGAUCUGCUGUUAUGCCUAUUGCCUUUAUGCUCCUAUGGAGAAAAGCUAAUGCUUUUGGCGCCAUUCUGGGCACAGUCGUUGGAUGUAUACUUGGAAUAAUCACUUGGUUAACAGUUACUAGCGUUGAAUAUGGCCGAGUCAACCUAGAUACAACAGGAAGAAAUGCACCUAUGCUGGCUGGGAAUCUAGUCUCUAUCCUAACAGGUGGAACGGUCCAUGCUGUAUGUAGUUUAUUGAAGCCUCAAAACUAUGAUUGGGAAACUACUAAGCAGAUAACAGUCGUUGAAAAGGAAAAGAGUGAACUUGCAGUCGAUGAAUUUAAAGAGGAGAAGUUGCUUAGUGCAAAGAAAUGGAUCAUUAAAUGGGGUGUCGGUUUUACCAUUGUGAUCGUGAUCUUAUGGCCUCUUUUUUCACUUCCUGCAAAGGAUUUCAGCAAAGGAUACUUCACAUUUUGGGCGAUUAUUGCAAUAGCAUGGGGGACAAUUGGGUCGGCUGUGAUCAUUAUUUUACCAGUAACCGAAAGUUGGCAAACUAUACAAAGUGUUCUACUUGGAACGUUCACAAACGAUAAGCUUGUUGAGAAAAUCGAAGAACUGAAUUUAAAGUUGGAAACUAUCAUAAAAGCUGUACCCGAUGCUGAAAGGAUUUACUUGCUCGAAAAGGGAAAAAUCAAGAAGAGUGAAACUUCACAGUUGGUAUGAAACUACACAUUUCUUAACAAGAAUAAAGAUAUUCCCACGUGUGUUGGUUUUAGUUAAAUUCGUUUAGUUUAUUUAGUUCUCCUGUUGUUUUGUCUAGAUUUAUCUUCACAUCAAGUAAAUAAGAACUGUAAAGAGAGGCCAAACAUUCAAAUGAAAGAGUGUUAUAUUCCAACUGUAAAAAAGCAUGAAUAUAUCUAUAUAAA